AUGGAAAUUCAGGGGGCGUUCUUCAUGGAUGAGCACAGGAAAGUCCUCGCUCCUUCCGGCUUUGACUACGCUACGAACAACAUGUGCUCUACCGGAUGCUGCUCCGUCGUGAAGAGCAAGACGUCCUGCUGCGACCCAUGCCAGCAGUCCUGCUGUGACCCGUGCCAGAAGCCCUGCUGUGACCCAUGCCAGAAGUCCUGCUGUGACCCAUGCCAGCAGUCCUGCUGUGACCCAUGCCAGCAGUCUUGCUGUGACCCAUGCCAGCAGUCCUGCUGUGACCCAUGCCAGCAGUCUUGCUGUGACCCAUGCCAGCAGUCCUGCUGUGACCCGUGCCAGCAGUCCUGCUGUGACCCAUGCCAGCAGCCCAUCUGCUGCACCAAGUCAACAGGCUUUGCCUACACUACUACCAACAACAUGUCCAGCGGAGGUUGUGGGUGCUGCGGUGGAAACAACAACAGUAACAUCGUGUGCUGCUACAGCACCAAGAAGUCGUCCUGCAAGACGCCAAUGCAGUGCUGCUCACCCAUGCAGUGCUGCACACCCUCGCAGUGCUGCUACCCCUCCACCUGCUGCAUGCCCAUUCAGACCUACUGCUACACCAUGAGCAACAACAACAACAACAACAGAGGCUGCUGCGGAGGCUGCUGCGGUGGCAACUAA